AUGGCAACUUAUGCAAAGAAAAGAAGUAAUUUGUCAAAACGAGCUAGACUAGCUUCUUCAAAACUGAAUACGCCUAGUAUAUUUGAUGAAAUUGAUGAUAAUAAAAGUGAAACACUUCUGGAUAUAUUCCCUGAUAUAGAUGUUCCCAAAGACCCAACUAUUUCCAAGGUAAAGAAACAAACAUUAGAGAAAAAACCAAAAGUAACACUCCCGAAGAAUAAAAACACAUAUGUUUCAAAGAAACAGGACUCUAAAUCGAAAAAACCAAAAUCCAAACAACCACCAAGUAAAAAGAAAGUGGAUCUAUGGGGAGAUUUAUUAAAUAAUAUAGAUGCCAUUCCAAUUGAACUUCCAAAAGUAUCACUAGAUGUUGAUCUGGAGAAUGAUGAAGAUGGUGAUGGUUCAACUGAACCGUCUUCUGAGUUACCAUUGAAUAUCGAUUUAAAUUUUGAUUAUCUUCCAGAUGAAUCUGUCUCCACUCAGCAGGAGCAACAACAACAACCAAUAACUAUUCUACAGAAACUUACAACUUCACAAACAAAAACAUAUUCACAAGAUCGUAGUUAUUUAAUUGAAGAUCAAAUAAUCGACGUCAAACAAGAAUUAGGAGAAAGGAUUAGUCAUACACAUGAUUUUAGAAAUGACGAUCAUAAUGAUAAUGAUGAUGUUAUAAAUGUUAAUGAUUUAAGAAAAGCUGGGAAAUUGAAUCAGUUUCAAGAUAUUAUUGAUGGAUUAGCCUCUAGUUUGACUAAUUUGCAACUUUCUUCAUUAUUAGAAUUGCUUGAUAAUGAACAUGCACGAGAUUUGUUAAGCUAUGUGAUUAAACUUAUUAAUUGUGAAAAGGAAAUCAUACGAUAUGUGUCAUCUAUAGUUGUGUUUCAGACUUUUGGAAGAGAUCCUAGUUUAAUGAGUAAAUACAUGAAUAAGCUACAUGUUGUUUGGUUGGGUUUGAAGUUGACGAUUCUGAGUGGUCAAGUUGCAAAAAUCUAUCGAGACAUUAUUCAAAGGCUAAUCCAUGAUAAACAUGAUGUUGAGUUUUUGCAAUUACUUAUUGAUCAACAAACUAUUAGUAAGAGGAUAUGCUUAUUACAAUUAGAUGAUGCGACAUCGGAAUUGGGAUUAGAAUUGAUUUUAAAGUUUCUAGACACUGCAGAAGAAGAGUUCAAUGAAAAUGAUCUUAUCAAAUUCAAACCAAAGUUGAAUUCCUGUUUUAACAAUAUUAAAUCCAGAAAAUAUGCACAGACUGACCUUAAAUUAAUGAAGAUAUUAGCAAUUUUAACUACUACAUCGUCCCAGAAUUUGGUUUCCUCGAUAUUAGAUGACGACUGGAUACCAAUAUUAAUAUCCCACAUGACACCACCAACAACAAACACUGAAUCGUUAGAGAUAACACUUUGCGUAUUGGCAGUUUUAUUAAAUUUUGUUGAUUGGGGAUUGUUGUCUCGUCAUAUUGAUCUAAUCAACCAACAAAUUCCAAAACUUGAAGAGAUUGAAAGAGAUGACGAAUCUAGGCAAUACAUCAUAGGUUAUAAUUCAAUCAUAUUAUCACAUUUGAAACUUAAUCACAAAUCAAAUUUGUCCAUUUCAAAUGAUGAUCUCAUUUCAAACUUGAUUGAAUUCAAAGCCCGACUAGAAUCUUCAAAUAAAGGAUUAUACUCAAUGGUAUGUAAUUUGAUCAAUAAAUUAUAA